AUGUCUAAAAUGCAAAAGGCGACAGAACGCCAUUUUUAUUAUCACGGGAAGGAGGGCUACGAAGCAGAGCGCAAUAAUUGUCACUGGUGUCAAAUACGCUCUUUACCAACUCAUUCUACUCUGCCAGUCACGGUAGUCAACGAACAAGACUCCGAGGUUCUGCCAGAUGACUUCCGCUUCAUAAAAAAUGUGGUGCUCGGUGAAGGGGUUGAACGAGCUGGGGAUAGUUUCCGCAGUGGCUGCUCCUGUGCCCAUGACGACGAGUGUCAGUUCACAAGCUGCCAUUGUCUGGCCGAUCUAGAUGAUGAGGAAUCUAGCGAUGAAGAAGGUGACCCCUUUGGAGACCGUAUCGACGAAAUGAACAUAGACAAGCCUCGCAAGAAAGCCUACGCCUAUCACGCACACGGAGCCAAAGCUGGUCUUCUGCGAUCCAGAUUCCAUACCUCCAAGAUGCCCAUAUAUGAAUGCCACCAGAGCUGUUCUUGCUCCAUAAACUGCCCCAACCGUGUCGUCGAGCGUGGUCGAACGAUCCCCUUGGAGAUCUUCCGGACCGAAGACCGGGGAUGGGGUGUGAGAUCACCUGUGCCCAUUAAAAAAGGACAGUUCGUCGACAGAUAUCUGGGCGAGAUAAUCACGUCGACAGAAGCAGACCGUCGACGCAGCGAAUCAGCCAUCUCGCAACGCAAGGACGUUUAUCUAUUCGCUCUCGAUAAAUUUACCGACCCGGACUCACUCGACACCAGACUCAAGGGUCCAUCACUUGAAGUUGAUGGCGAGUUCAUGUCUGGACCAACGCGCUUUGUCAACCACUCUUGCGAACCCAACAUGCGCAUCUUUGCGCGUGUUGGUGACCAUGCUGAUAAACAUAUUCAUGAUCUUGCCCUGUUUGCAAUCAAGGAAAUUCCGAGGGGUGAAGAGCUCACCUUUGACUACGUCGAUGGGGUUUCGUACGAGAGCGAGGAACCAGGGGAAAAAUCACACAUGACCCCUUGUUUAUGUGGAAAAGUCGCUUUGUUACCACCUUGA